AUGGCCGCCUACCCACCGUCCUUGAGCACCGUUGAGCCUGCAAUAGCGUCUCCGGCUCCAUCCUCCUCAGCCUCCAAGUCGUCCAAUGUAUUCCACCGAAUCGCGUCGUGGCGUUACUCGCUCGGCCUCCCCAACCCAGGGUCAGUCGAGAACCUCCAGAAAGAGGUCAAAAGCACGCUAUUGACGAACUUCUUUUUCGACGGAGGGAGAGCGGAUCUCUCGAAGAGCUUGUCGGUCAACCCCAUCUUCCAGGUGACGCAUUCAUUUGCGCUGGGUUCACAGACCGCCGCUCCAUCAUAUAAUUUUGGGGCCGUCUUCGCAAACAACAGUGUCUUCUUGCAAGGCAGCGUUGACCAUGAAGGCAACGUCAACGGUCGACUAAACCAGGGAUGGUCGGCGAACAAUGUCACAAAAGCGCAGUGUCAGCUGUCAUCGCAAGUUGGGCACAGUAUGCUCCAAGCGGAGCACGACUACCAGGGUCAAGACUACUCUGUUAACGUCAAGGCCAUCAAUCCCUCACCAGUGGACGCGACUGGCAUCUACAUGGCUAGCUACAUGCAGUCGUUCACCAAAAACCUGGCACUUGGUGUCGAGUUGCUCCACCAACGGCCAGCGCCCGACAUGACGGAGACAGCUGCGUCGUACCUCGCGAAGUACACCGGCACGGACAAGAACUGGAUCGCCACGGCCCAGCUCCAGCCCGCUGGGAUGCUGCAGGCGACAUACUGGCAGAAACUCAGCGAAAAGGUGGAAGUGGCUGCGGACCUGCAGGUUAUCGCCGCCCCUGGUCGGAGAGACGCCAUUGCGACGCUCGGCACGAAGUACGACCUUCGCAUGUCGACGUUCAGGGCACAAUUGGACUCUACUGGGAAGGUGUCUGCGCUGCUCGAACAACGGUUCGCGCCGUCGUUCGCGUUCUUGGUGUCGGGAGAGAUCGACCACUUCAAGAACGCGGCCAAGGUUGGCGUGGGUGUGAUGAUUGAGAGCCCGAGCAUGACCCCGGAGGAGAUGAACUCCAUGAUGCAGAUGUCCAUGCCUCCUACCCCUCCCCAAUAG